AAUAGUGCUCUCCCUAUAGGUGAAUAAAAGUACAUAGAAGAGAACAAGGCUCUGCCAUAGUGUGUCAAUCAUUGUGAUCCAGAAGAGGUACAUAUUGUAACUCUCCUGUCUAUGGCCUGCACCAUAGAGUUUUGGAAGCUGAAGUAGUGUCUUACCACUCAAGUCCUUGUAUAAUGUAUCUGUGUAGCCAGUCAAUAUUCUCACACAUAUAAUCAAAGACGAUCCUUGACCUGAAGCACACAUUACUAGUCAGAAACAUAUAUGUUGUAGUGUUCAUUAUGUAUUUUUCAAAGAGACACAUUGUUUCCUAUUAUUUUAAAAAAUAAAAUUUUUUCCUACAUUACAUAAAUUAAUCUCCACUACACAAUCACUCACUCAGAAUUUUUUAGGUGGAUAAGGGUGGAUCUCUAGACUUUUCCUUAAUAUAUAUGUAUAUGUAUUAAGUAGUCUCGGAGUACCAUAUGAUAUUAUCAAUACGGUGCCCCCGACAAAUGUGAAACCACAAAAUACACUUUGCGGAUCACAACGUGAACAGUACUGAACUACUAAAUAAUUAUCCAUUCUUAUAUGGAAUUUUAUAUGAAACUUUUGUUUGUGACUUUUUUUUUCCAAUAAUUUUUCUCUUGGGUGUGUGGAAUAGUCGCCAAAAAAACUUGAGCCAUUGGUUUUGAUAAGAUAGAAUAUAUGCCUGAUGUAGACACAUAAUAGCAGCUGCGAUAAUUAUAACUAUCCAUUUUGUUACUCUCCAUGAAGAAUUCAUUCUAAAACCAAUCAAACUUUCAGUCUCAUGCUUUUCUUGGUUUGUUUGUGUCUCUCUCUAAAUCUGAUAUAAUAUUGUUUCUUACUUCCUUAUUUUCACUAGGGAAACAAUGCCUAUAGGUGAAAUCUUUCUCGCUGCUUUCAUUCAGGUGUUGUUUGAGAAGUUGGCCUCAACUGAACUACUAAAGUUUGCUCGUCGGGAGCAAGUUCAUACUCACAUCAAGAGAUGGAGUGGAGAAUUAGCUAAAAUUCAAGCAUUCUUGGCUGAUGCGGAGGGGAAACAAAUAGAAAAUAGAGCUGUGAAAAUGUGGCUGGAGGAACUCACAGACUUGGCUUAUGAUCUGGAUGACAUACUGGAUGAAUUUGCCACUGAAGCUUUGCGGCGUAAGUUAACAUCAGAGUCUCAAGCAGCUAGCACCAGCAAGAGCAAGCUAUGGGCCAUGAUACCUAGAUGUUGUAAAGGACUCAAUCCAACAACUCUUUUAUCUGAUUUUACGAGGAGUUCUAUUUCCAAGAUAGAGGAAAUCAUUUCCAGAUUGCAAAAAAUUCUUGAAAGCGGAAGUGGGUAUGGUUUACAACAAAUUGUUGCAGGAGAAUCUGCUAAAGCUUGGCACAGACCACCCUCCACAUCCUUGAUACAUGAACCUCGCAUAUGUGGCAGGGAGGAAAAAAGGGAGAUAAUUGAUUUUCUCCUAAGAAAUGAGUCAAGUGAUAACAAAGUGGGCGUAAUUCCCAUUGUAGGUAUGGGUGGGCUUGGCAAGACCACCCUUGCACAAAUGGUAUACAACGAUGAAGUAGUGAACAAGAAUUUUGAUUCGAAAGCAUGGGUCUGUGUUUCUGAUGAGUUCGAUAUUUUGAAAAUCUCAAAAGUAAUUCUUGAGUCUAUUACUUCCAAGUCUUGUGAAUUUAAAGAAUUGAAUCAAGUUCAAGUUCAGCUAAAGCAAAAUUUGGUUGGAAAAAAGAUUUUAAUUGUUUUAGAUGACGUCUGGGACAAGAAAUACAAUGAUUGGAACGUUUUGAAGAGCCCCUUUAAUGAUGGAGCCCCAGGAAGUAAGAUAAUUGUAACAACUCGUGACAGAGAUGUUGCAUCGAUUAUGGGAACCGUUCAAAACCAUUUGCUACAGCAUCUAUCAGAUGAUGAUUGUUGGUCAGUGUUUGAACAACAUGCCUUUGGGAAUAGAAGCUUGGACGCUAAUCCAAAUUUGGUGUUUAUUGGUAGGAAAAUUGUGAGAAAAUGUAAAGGUUUGCCUUUGGCUGCUAGGACACUCGGUGGCCUUUUACGGUGCAAAGAAAGAGGCGAUGAGUGGGAAAUUGUAUUGAAUAGUAAAAUAUGGGAUUUAACAGAACAAGGCAAUGAAAUCCCCCCAGCUUUGAGAUUAAGCUACCAUCAUCUCCCUUCACAUUUGAAGCAGUGCUUUGCAUAUUGCUCUAUACUGCCAAAGGACUAUGAAUUUGAGGAGAUGGAGUUAGUCUUCUUGUGGAUGGCAGAAGGCCUUCUUCAGCAACAAAAUGGAGAGAAGCGAAUGGAAGAUUUAGGAGUUCAAUACUUUCACGAAUUGCAGUCGAGGUCUUUUUUCCAACCAUCGAAUGGUGGUGAAAGCUUGAAAUUUGUGAUGCAUGACCUCAUCAAUGAUUUGGCUCAGUCAGUUGCAGGAUAUACUUGUUUUAGAUUGGAGGAUAAAUUGAAGGAUCAGGAGCAACGUACAAAAUUAAAGAGUGCUCGACAUUCAUCUUACAUGCAAAGCGAAUUUGAUGCAAUCAAAAAGUUUGAAACUUUUUAU